CACCACUUCCUCCUGGCAUCUGGGAGGUUCAGAUAGUAGGGAGGUGGAGGCAGGGGGAGGAGGGAGUGUCUUUUGUAGUUUUCUAACUGAGACACAUCAGACACUGCUCAGCACCGACAAUAAACUGAAACACAGCCUGACUUGCAAAGCAAGCCUAACCAGGAGCUCUCUCCUUCUCCGGCUUGUUAUCUGUUCUUUGAAGCCAUCUUGGAAAGAUUUUGGUUCAACUUUUUCUCCUUUGUCACGGUUUCAUUCUUACCUUCACUGUGUUUCUUUCAAGUUUGGACGUUUUCCUCUUUAAAGCUUCUUUGGAGUCCUGCGAGAACAGGAAGCGGGAGGAGGAGGUUGAGAAGGAGGGGGCGAGACGCUCUCAGUUUGAAAGCCAAACUUUACUUAUCUGCCUUUCUCACCUGCUCCUUCUCUGGAAUGUAAGCCACGUAGAGUAGCUUUCCGUGAAAGAGAGGCAAAAAGAAAGAAGAGCCGCUUCCUGGAAAGGGAUCCAUUUUGUUUCAGCUAUAAAGGACAAGGGACACUCAACAGGUACAGCCACUAUUGAUGAGUGAGUGUGUGUAUUGAUGUGUGUAGGUGUGUUGUUACCUCACACAACUUAGUUUUACCUCUCUCUGGGCUAUCUUUGACUCCAGCAUGGCCAACGUCAGUCCCUUCAUGUCUCCAGGACCAAUGUCCCAAGUCUUCUUCCCCCCGGGUGGGCCGUCCCCACUUGGGUCAGUGGUGAUUCAGCAAGGGACACCGGUCUCUGUCCCUGUAACCCCUGGGUUCCCACCAGUGGACAUGGGGGUGGCCCCAGGGUCCGGAGGAGCUUUGGUUAUCCCAUCCACACCCACGGCAUCAGCCGGUGUCUCUUUUAUCAUACAGAUUGGUCUGACUAGAGAGUCAGUGCUUCUACCCCAGACUGCAGACUUGGCUUACGUCAAACAGAUUGCAUGCUCAAUUGUGGAUCAGAAGUUUCCGGAGUGUGGUUUUUAUGGGAUCUAUGACAAGAUCCUCCUCUUCAAGCAUGACACCGGCAGCAAUAACAUCCUGCAGCUGGUCAAGGCAGUGUCUGACAUCCAGGAGGGAGAUCUGGUGGAAGUUGUUUUGUCCGCGGCUGCCACAUUUGAGGACUUCCAGAUUCGUCCGCACACGCUAAACGUGCACUCGUAUCGUGCACCAGCCUUCUGCGAUCACUGUGGCGAGAUGCUUUUCGGACUGGUGCGUCAAGGGCUCAAAUGUGAUGGCUGUGGGUUGAAUUACCACAAACGCUGUGCUUUUAGCAUUCCAAACAACUGCAGUGGGGCAAGAAAGCGACGCCUGUCGACCACGUCCCUCACCAGCAGUCAGUCUCUGCGUCUGUCCACCACUGAGUCACUCAGCAGCCUCAACAGCAGUGUGACGUCUGAGGACGCCAGCCUUGUCCGACCGCACACCCAUGCGCCCCGCACGCCCAGUGAGGCCAGGCGCUAUUACACCGGACGGCCCGUCAAACUGGACAAGAUGCUCAUGACUAAAGUGAAGGUCCCGCACACGUUUGCCGUUCACUCGUACACACGUCCCACUGUGUGCCAGUACUGCAAGAGACUGUUGAGAGGACUCUUCCGCCAGGGACUCCAGUGCAAAGACUGCAAGUUCAACUGCCACAAGCGCUGCGCGUACAAAGUUCCCAACGACUGUUUGGGGGAGACUCUUGGAGACAUGUUAAGUCCGAGCACAGAUGCAGAGGUGCCGAUGGAUUACAAUAAUGAGUAUUCUGAACAUGAUAAGUCUUCUCUGAUGGACGAAUCAGAUGAGUCCAUCAGUAUCCCUGGGUCCUUUUCCCCUGACAGCAGCCAGGAUGGAGUCAGUGGUGACCAGAGUGCUAAUAUUCCUCUGAUGAGAGUAGUGCAGUCAGUGAGACACACCACACGUCGCUCUAGCAUGGCCAUCAAAGAGGGCUGGAUGGUGCACUAUAGCAACAAGGACACACUGAGGAAGAGACACUACUGGCGCCUGGACUGCAAAUGCAUCACCCUGUUUCAGAAUGACACAACCAACAAAUACUACAAGGAGAUUCCUCUCUCAGAAAUCCUGGGGUUAUGUCCCGCUGGUGACUUCUCUCUUGUACCUGCUGGUACAAGCCCCCACUGCUUUGAGAUUGUCACAUGCAGUAUGGUCUACUUUGUUGGCGAGGACCCCAACCCCGUCCCCUCCCUUUUAUCCAAUAUAUCUGGUCUUCCUUUCUCUUUCACGCCCAGCAGCGUUGCGCCAAAUAGCGGAUUGGGGCGUGAGUUCGCCAAAGGAUGGGAGACUGCUAUCCGUGAAGCCCUCAUGCCAGUCAUCUUCAAAGACAAUCCUCCAGCAGAAGGACACAUCCAUCAUCGGCAGGCAUCCGUAAACAUCUCUGUGUCUAACAGCCAGAUUCAGGAGAAUGUGGAUAUUGGGAUGGUGUACCAGAUCUUUGCUGAUGAGGUUCUGGGCUCUGGACAGUUUGGUGUGGUGUAUGGAGGAAAACACAGGAAAACUGGCCGGGAUGUAGCCGUAAAGGUGAUCGAUAAGCUCCGAUUCCCCACCAAACAGGAGAGCCAGCUGAGGAAUGAAGUGGCCAUACUGCAGAGCUUGCGAAACUUGGGUAUAGUGAAUCUGGAGUGUAUGUUUGAGACGCCAGAGAAGGUCUUUGUGGUAAUGGAGAAACUUCAUGGUGACAUGCUAGAGAUGAUCCUGUCUAGUGAGAAAGGACGACUUCCUGAGAGAUUCACCAAGUUCCUCAUCACACAGAUUUUGGCUGCUCUUAGACACCUUCACUUCAAAAACAUUGUGCACUGUGACCUCAAACCUGAGAAUGUGCUGUUGGCAUCAGCGGAUCCUUUUCCACAGGUCAAGCUUUGCGACUUUGGCUUUGCUCGCAUCAUCGGAGAGAAGUCUUUCCGCCGCUCUGUUGUGGGCACUCCAGCUUACUUGGCCCCCGAAGUCCUCCUGAACCAGGGUUACAAUCGUUCUUUGGACAUGUGGUCCGUCGGUGUUAUCAUGUAUGUAAGUCUUAGCGGAACCUUCCCUUUCAACGAGGACGAAGACAUCAAUGAUCAGAUCCACAAUGCUGCCUUCAUGUACCCACCCAACCCCUGGAAACAGAUCUCUCCUGAAGCUAUCGACCUCAUCAAUAACCUGCUCCAAGUGAAGAUGAGAAAACGCUACAGUGUGGACAAGAGUCUCAGCCACACCUAUUUGCAGGACUAUCAGACCUGGCUGGACCUCCGAGAGCUGGAGUCAAAGCUUGGGGAGCGUUACAUAACACACGAGAGCGAUGACAGCCGCUGGCAACAGUAUGCCCACGACCACACCCUGCCCUACCCUCCCCACCUAGUGCCGCCACCACUAGCCUCAGACGACGAUGAACGGGAAGGUGCGGAGGAUGCAGAUUUGCUGGGGCUAACAGAGCGCGUUAGCAUCCUUUAAGAAGUGGAGGACAAGGAGUACGGAUUGCCUGCUAUGACAAUAAGAAUUAUUAGCGCUCCAAGAACCUAGAAUGGAUGUAGUUAUGUAGCCCUUCAUUCAGAAUGAUGUCGGACCCCUUUUCCUAUCCAUCAGCAGGCCCUCUGACCUUUGACCUUCCCCAACCAGAACUUGGCAUGAACUGGGAUGCCAAGAUUUUAAAGUCAGGGAAGAACCGUUUUGGACCCUAGCACUGGCCUUGAUGUAGACACAAAGUCAUAUUGUUGACUUCAAGAUUCAAAACAAUUCAAAACGAGUGUAUCAGUUGCGAUACAAAAUGCAGAGAGAUAUAUGAUCUGUAUAGUGUCUGGAAAUCGCUGUUUUUAUUUUCCUUUUUAAUUUCUUGCAAUUGUAUUUACAUUUAUGCAUUUGGUGGAUGUUUUUAAUCCAAAGUUACUUGCAGUGCAUCCAAGCUACACUGUUUAUAAGGCCAUGCAUUCACUGGGGAUCGAACCCAUUACUUUGGUGUGCUAGCUCCAUGCUCAACCAGUUAAGCUACAGGAACAUUGGAUGAAACCCCCUUAAGUUUCUUUUCCGCCAUAUAACUUGGUGAGCUUGUUGGUUACCAGUAUCUGCAGGUGUAUGGAGGACUGUGGCUUUAUCUCUGAGAAUAGCAUCAUCUAAAAAGGGCCGAUGAGCCUUAUCACCCUACGCUGUCUGAAAGACAAACUGAGUGCACAAAGACUGUCUAGAGUAGACUGUUCUCAGACCAGCUGCUAUUGGCAAUGAGUGAAGUGUUUAUUUGGUUAUUCUAUUGGAUUUGUUCUGAUAAGGCAUGUAUUUGUACACCUAACUGACCCUAGACCUGAGCAUUAGGCUGCAUGUUACUGAGAAUUAGGUUUGCUUGAGACUUAUUGCUAUGAAGGACUAUUUUGUACACAUGUAACCAUAGAAAAAAUUAUAUAGUUUAACGGAAGGGAAUGUUAUAGGUAUAAUAAAGAUGGUAAAGCAGAAAUAUGUGUCACUGAAUCAACUUGAGUCAUGAUUUUUCUGAGAGCUCGCACACUUUAACACAAAUGGCAGGGAUAAAGCUGUAUCCAAUACAUGUGCUUGAUUAAUUCUCAUUAGCACUUCCUCACCAGAAGUAUAUGGGGCAAGUUAUUUUUUAGGAUUUAAAAGCCGACAUGUACAGUUCAUAUUUUUUAAAGCACAUAUAAAGUCUUCCAUAACAUUUUUUUAACUUUAUCUGUACAUUUUUUUCUUUUAGUUGUGGGAUCACCGUUUUAGGUGGAUGAACUUCUGGUUACGUGUUACAGGGGUGUUCAACAGGGGCGUUCAACGGAUGACAGAGGGUGCUGAGAGCAAAUUAGUAGAGAGACUAGACUUGGGAGUAAAUCAGUUGGUUCUCCAUUAUACGAGUUGGUGCACAUUUGUACCAUGGUUCAUCUGAUUUUGAUGUCUAGCGACACAGCUGAAGUAUCUGGUGUAGCAGCCUCAAAUAUACAGGUGGAGGCACAACCUCGGCUAAUGCACCUGUAUGGCUCUGUAGAUGGAUAUAGCUCAAUGCAAAGAGCAGCGCGAGUGCAAAGUGGGUGCAUUGCUACUCACAGACCGGUCUUGAGCUCUUAUACGUAACACUGCAGGAAGCACAACGGAAACCAUUUGAAUUCGGCACAGAAUUCUACAUUACCACUUUCGAAUUUACUAUAGUAACACUAACUGUACUUUAGGGAGAAAUAGAUUCAUAAUAAAUAUCAUAUCACUACUUCAGCGCUAUUAAAUUUGUCAUAGGCUACACUAGGGGAGUGAGGGAAUAUAAUACAUUUUUGUCACAACUUCUAAAUGUUUAUAUUUUGUAUUUAUUAUUUUUUAGAUGUUUUAGAGUAGGUUUACUGUUUAUAAAUACAAAAAUGCCAUAGUUUGUUGAAUAGAAAUCAUGUUACAUCUAUCCAUGGUAGUUCAGAAGAUCCAUGCUUCCACGUCUUGUUACAAAUACCAUUGUUAAAACUAUACAAAAUAAUUAAUUAAUGAAUAAAUAAAAAAUUUCAAAAGGGCAAAUGCAAAAUACACAUUUUUUUUAAAGAUGAAAUAGAAAUGUGUAAAUCCUAAAAAAUAGGUUAAAAUAUUAUUGUUUGAGUAUAAGAAAAAAAAAACUGGUUUAAUUUUAUAGAUGCUACAGAUAACCUUACUGUUGUUGAUAUGAGUACAUUUACAUCUGCAUCCAACUCAAAAUCAAUGCUGUAAUGUAGAAUGAGCAUUUUGGUUGGACAAAAUAUGCAAUAUUAAUGGUCUUUUCACUUAUUUUUUAAAUAUAUGAACAAAAUCACUUAUAAGUUUCUGUCUUUGCAUUUUCAUUUGAUAGGCCCCAGAUAUAGCCCUCUAUCUAAAAAAGGUUGUGAACCGCUGUGUUACAACAAAAUGGAGUGGGUGGAGUUUGAUACAUUUUCCUUGCAUCCUAACGUACAUUGUGCAAAAGUUACCAUGUUUAUCAACUUUACUUAUCCAUGACAGAAGUUGAAAUACUGAUUAUGAUUUUGCACAGACAAGGUUAUUAAGUGAUUUUUUUUUAUGCCCUGUAGUGAUGGACAUCCUAAGGAAUUUAACAGCUGAUUCUUCUGAAUGAAUUUGGUUCCUUAAUGGUUCCAUUAAUGCUUUUUUAGUACUUUUGAGUAAGAAAUAUUUGGAAAUUAUUGCAGUUUAGUCCUGAAAACUCUCAUAAAGAUUUAGUACUGUAUGUUAAUGUGGGUAUGAAAUAUUGUUAGGAUAUUGGUCUCGUGGACUAGAUCUGCUAACGCUGCUAAUGCAUAGAAAAUAUGGAGACUUGCUACUGCUAGAAAAUACACAUACAUACAGAGUUAGCAUGUGGUCAUGCUGCUGCUGCACAAUUACACAAAAAAACAAGACAUGGUGCAUUGAGCAUGAAUUACAUGCUGCUGCACACAUAGACAUGAAAAAAAAAAACAAUACCAAUGUGGAGGUGGGUUUCAGAGAAAACGUCUUAGUUUCUGUUGUAACCUCUGUUCCCUGAUGGAGGGAACGAGAUGUUGAUUCGAUGUAUAAAAAUGGCGAGUGGAAUUUUCAUGCCACUCCCCCAGACAUGAUUCAUUCAGGUUUUGUGGUGAGGAACCGAGACGAGACAAGAUAUGUGCCUCAACGCAAUCCUGUCUCUGAGCUCUGUUCCUUUGACCUCAUUGCUUGGAUUUUGCUCUGAUAUGCAUUUUCAGCUGUGAGACCUUUUAUAGAUAGUUGUGUGCCUUUCCAAAUCAUGUCCAAUCAAUUGAAUUUGCCACAGGUGGACUCCAAUCAAAGUGUAUAUUAAACAGUCUGAACACUUAUGUCAAUGUGAUAUUUCAGUUUUUAUUUCAAUAAAUUUGCA